AUGGACGCUGUACCUAUCGCUAUCAAGUCGAGCUCUGAGUCCUCGGACAAAGCUACAGAGCUGCUUUGGCAAGAUGCUUUGCGACACCUCGACGCUACAAAUAAUGAAGUGCUUCUGCCAACUAACGUGAUCGACAUGAUCGGCCAGAGCAAUGUCGACAAGAUUAAGUCUCGUCUCUGUGCCCUCAUUGGAGCCCCGGUUGUGGCCUUCGUCGAUGAGUCUAUCAACGCUCUCCGUGUUAUGCGCACUCCCGCAUUUUCAGGCUCCGCAGUUUCUGUUGCGUCCCAAGGUAUUGUGGGAUCCAAUAUGCGAAGUAAAGCUGCUACGGGAUCUGUGAAAUCACAUGGAAAGCCUGCAAGGCCAACAAAGUCUGAAAAAGUCCCGCGACCCCCAAAUGCCUUCAUUCUUUACCGCCAGCAUCAUCACCCUCUUAUUAAAGCGGCAUAUCCUGACCUCCAAAAUAAUAACAUCUCCAUUAUGCUAGGGAAACAGUGGAAGGCCGAGUCAGAUGAGGUCAAAACGUAUUACAAAGCUCUCGCCAACGAAGAGAAGCGAAAGCACGCAGAGAUCCAUCCAGAUUACCAGUAUGCACCACGCAAGCCAUCAGAAAAGAAGCGUCGUGCUUCAUCUCGCCAGCACGUCAAAUCCACCCAGCCGCCUAUGUUACCAGACUCUCCAGCUUCGACAACAGCCCCAUCCAACGUAUCGACACCGGCGAUGUACCCCGGCAUGCAAAUGGGAGAACUCGGAGUCAACAGGCCUGUAGAGGACCUGGCGGGCUUGAACUUCGUUCUCAGUCCAAAUGACAUGCAAGACGACCAGUUCAGUUUCAACGCAGAAGUUUUUGAUUCCAUGAUCCAGCAGGUGCACCAUGACCACAACAAGGCCCUUAUGUAUCAGCCAUAUCAACAGUUCGAGAUCCCCCCGCAAACAGUCGGGGACUCGUUUGAGUUCUCGGACUUUAUCACCGACUGCUACUGAGUUGGGACCAAAUAAUGCCCGCCAUGCAGCGUCUCUUUCUUUUCGCUUUCUUUUUAUUUUGCCCUGCCUAUGUGGAUAGCUACAGGUUUACAAGAACCGCAACCAAGCAAUCGUGAAGUUUUCAUCAAGCGAUCUUCUUUUCUUUUUUCGUUUGUCCUUCCGUCUCCUUACUGUUAUUCCCCGAGAGAUACCUUUUCCCUUGUAUACUUAUUGCAUUUAAAUGAACAUCACUAGAGCCCAAUGAACAUGUCCCCUGUGGCCCUUUACUGCCAAUACUACGCUAAUUCCCUAUCAUGAUAUUCUCUCCGAUUAUUUGUGUAUUAAUAUGGUUUCUCGAUUCUUUUUUGUUGUCAUCACGAAGGAAGUUUCUGGUGGAUAUCACGGGUUUGUCGCAAAGCAUCCAUCUCGACUGAAAGUCGUUUGUCGCACUGAAUUAUCCAAUUUCAGUAGUUAGAGAGAAAAAUACCAAUGGAUUAAAUAUUUA